AUGUCACGAAUAGAUACUACUAUUGUUACCAGCAGUAAUAAUAAUCAUCUUGAAAAUGAACCAAUACCCUUAAAAGUGCUUGCUAUUGGUUCUGCAUACGAAGAUACUAUAUUGUAUGUUGAUAAGUUUCCUCCUGAGGAUGGUAAACAAAGAGCUCAAAGAGUUGAAAGAAGAAGAGGUGGAAAUGCUGGUAACACCUUAACUGUUUUAUCACAACUCCCUUUAACAACAUGUCAUUUUAUGGCCUCCAUGGCUUCAAAAGAAGCCUCAAUAUUUUUAAUACAGGAUUUUAAGAUUCAUGAUAUAAACACUUCGGCAUGUAUAUUCAGAUCUAAUGCAACUCAUGCCCCAGUAGCAUAUAUAAUGCAUGCUGACAAUACAAGUUCACGAACAAUCAUAAAUUAUAAUAGCAUAGAUGAAUUAGCAUUUGAUGAAUUUAAAAAUAAAUUCGAUUUAAUUUGUGCUGAAGAAACAAUAAUCAACAUGUCAAAUUAUGAUUAUGGAGUAGAAGAUGAAGAUGGUGCACCUUUUAAUUGGAUUCAUUUUGAAGGAAGAAAUGCACAAGAAGUAUCAAAAAUGAUCGAUUAUAUUGAUAGUAAGGAUUGGAGGUCAAGGGCAAUUGUUAGUGUCGAAUUAGAGAAACCUUACCGUAAAGGCUUGGAGAUUUUGAUGAGUAAAUCAGAUGUUUUAUUCUUCUCAAAAGUAUUCGCUGAAGGCAAAGGUUAUACUAGUGCUAGUGAUUUCUUACAAAUAAUGUCACCUUUUUGUAAAAAAACUGCAUAUCUUUUUUGUACUUGGGGAAGUUUAGGAGCAUCAUGUUAUCAUAAUACAACAUGUAAACUUUAUUCUGAAUCUGCUUAUAGAAUAGCUAAUAUUGUUGAUUCUGUAGGUGCUGGUGAUACCUUUAAUGCUGGAAUUAUAUAUGGGUUGUCUCGAAAAAUGCCAAUUGAUGAAUGUUUAAGAUUUGCAUGUGAGUUAGCAGGUCGCAAAUGUGCUCAGAUUGGGUUUAAUGGUAUAACAGAGGCAAUGGGAAGUUUUUAA